AUCAUCAUCUCGAAAACCCUAAUUCUGAGAUUUCGCACGAACUCAUUUCAGCUUCUUGCAGCCGGCGGAACGGAGGAACAAAAAGCAGAGAAGCUAAUCAAUCAUGGGAAAGGUUCACGGAUCUUUGGCUCGUGCCGGUAAGGUUAGAGGACAAACUCCAAAGGUUGCGAAGCAAGAUAAGAAAAAGAAGCCCAGAGGUCGUGCUCACAAGCGUCUGCAGCACAACCGUCGUUUUGUCACCGCAGUUGUUGGUUUCGGAAAGAAGAGAGGACCCAACUCUUCUGAGAAAUAGAAGAAGUUAGAGAGAAAGAUGUUGUCGUGAAACUUCUCAAGGUCAUUUGUAACUUUUUGUUUUCUUUGGCACCGAACUAUUAUGUUUUGAUUCUAUGCUAUGAAAUACUGUUUUUUCACUUAUGAUUUUGGUCAAUUAAACAUAAGAUAUGAUUUUUGCCAAUACAUUACAACAAGACCAAUGAUCAUAAUUCGUGUUCUAA